AUGUCUGAUCCCCUCCGAAGCAUCCCAAAAUUCAUCACUUCAACCAAAAAUGUUGAGACUCAAACCCAGGCUAAUGCCGAUCAUCUCGCUUCGUUCCUCUCAUUUCCUUCCCUGUCAAAACCCACGCCUUUUCUCUCUGCUUCACUGCCCCAAACUCUCCCAAGCUCUUCUUCUUCUCUUCCCCAUAAACCUGUUUUAUCACUCAACAGUGCUGCAACUUUCAAUAAUGUUAAUCUUGACCCGCGCUUUCUCUCCUGCUGUAUGCCUGAUAAAUGCCUUAAGGUUGCGGUUCUCCUUAGCGGUGGCGUCGAUAGCAGCGUCGCUCUUUGUCUCCUCCAUGCCGCUGGCCACUCCUGCACUGCUUUCUACCUUAAAAUAUGGUUCCAACCAUCGUAAUGGGCAUUGUUGGUCAUGCUAUUGCUGCAAACUAAUCUUAUCACCAGCUUGCUACUUCAAUGUUUCAACAACACUUGGUCGCCGGUGCAUUUUCUCCUCUCUCCUUGAUCACUUUUGCUUCUUUUUCCCUCUUUCUUCCUUCGUUUGCUUCAUGGGUUAGUCACUAUUGCUGCUCUUACACCACAUUUGGUUGUUUUUGGGCAGCUUCAAUGGUGGCAACAAGAAGCUAUCGACGCAAGAACCAAAUCUUUAAUCUGACCAGAUUUGGCUGCAAUUGUGCUUUGAAAUCGUGCUUCAAUAAUUUGAUUUUGGACUUUGGCUCAAGAUCUAGUGUUUAAGUGACCAACUUUGGUAGUACAUGUUUGGAUGGUGUCGAAAUGUCAUUGGAAAAUGGACUAGAUGGUGGCUAGGGUAGGGUUUUGUAUAUGUUAAAGGUUAAAGUUGUGAUUUCAUAAAUUAUUAAAGGGUGUUUUAGGAAUAAAAAUAUUUUUCGCUAUUCCUGGUGUGCAUUGAAUAACCAUUCUGGGGGAAGUCAUGAAUGGCUAUUUAGGCCAUUUAAUGAAUAUGCCAUUAAUGAGUAGAAAAUGGCCCCUUACAUGGUGGGUCAAAUAUUUGUGUCAAGUUCCGACCUUAGGACAUUUUUGAAAAACAAUAAAGAAGGGUAGUAAAAGGUAAAGGCAUGAUGUGUUUCUUGCGUUUGCAUUUUAAUGUGCAAGUUAGAUAGAAUGAAAUAAAAAAGGAAAUAGAAAGGGGGAUAUGGGUCUGGAAUCAAUCUA